GUGGAGAGGGCUAGAGGGCAGUGUGUAGGGGAGUGACCGGAAAAGAGACUGGACAUAUUGAUUAUACACAUACAGAGGUGUUAAAGAGUGUAUUGUCACUUUUCUACUGAGUUCUGAAGAUAUUUAAUGUCAGUGUCCUCCACUGUCCUCAAGCUGACCAUCAUGCCAGUGGACAUGGCUGUGCAGCUCUACAUCACACACUCUCCACCUCUGCACAGCUUCCUCAGCUCGUAUGAGGACUACAGAUCCAGGAACCUCAUCAACAUGUGCUGCAAACCUCUGCGUCCCUGCAUCAACACCAAAAACACCCACAACACCAAUGCCCAUCCGCCAUGCCACGCCUGGCAGGCCCCCCAAGCCAAAGCUAAGAAGAAGGUGGUGUUCGCCGACUCCAAGGGCAUGUCGCUGACUGCCGUCCGAGUUUUCUCUCCGUGUGAAAAUCAAAAAUCCAACAUGCUCCAGCAGUUCCACAUCCCCAAGCUAGAGGGCACUCUCAAUCCCGUCCAGAGCAGGAUCCUGGAGUUCCGCCAACCCGCGUCGGACUACGUAGACUUCAGGAAUCGGCUGACAAAGAAUUCUGUGUGUCUGGAGAGCUGCACGCUGCAGGGCCGCACGCUAACCGGGACCGUUAAAGUCCGGAAUCUGUCCUUCAAGAAAUCCGUCCGGGUUCGGAUCACCUUCGAUUCGUGGAAAAGUCACAGAGACGUUGAGUGCGCUUUCAUGAACGACGUGUGUGGAUGCAGAGACACUGACACCUUCUCCUUUGUCAUCGAGAUUCCGGCACGCAUCCCGCCACAGGACAGCGUGGAGUUUUGCGUUAGCUACACCAGCGAUGGGAAGAUGCACUGGGACAACAACAACGGAAAGAAUUACGCUCUCGUAGCGACAAACGACGACAACAAGAAGGACACCAACAAGGAGACGGAUUCGUCCGAUCGAUUCCAGGAGAAGUGCAGCAGAUUUUCUUCUCAGUGCAACAGCUGGAUGAUGAUGGGGAUCACUGCUGCCCCCUACUGGUGACAUUCACACAAGUAACCUUGAUAAGGUUCAUUGUUUCUGAGAUAUAAGCUAUAAAGCAGCUCAUAUCACCUCGCUGAAGCAUGAAGAAAGCUUCCUUCAACGGAGAUCUCCUUCCCUCUGAUCUUCACCUCUGUUCAUCACCUCUCUACACACUGACACUUCUUUACCGUGUUAUUGUCAGACUCAUAUUUAUCAAUCUGUGUGAUGGGAAAUUAUUUUCAAGCAGCUGUAAAGGACUCUGAAGAUAAAAAAAAUCAUCAAAAUAAAAAUGACAAUCGCUUCGAGACGAGCGGGAGGAAGAGCCGUGCCCGAGGUCCUCCUUCAUAUUGAAGGGUUUAAUGAGGAUUUAUUUCAAAAUUCCCAGGAUGAUUCCACUCUGUAGCUCAGAGUGUUAAAUCUCACACACUCGGUGUGAUCAUGUUGGGAAUUUCUGCUCACUGCUUUAAAUAACAGUGUGGCUCAUUUUUGCCUGGAUGGUCUCCUGUUGAUUUGAUGUGGUAUAAAUGAAUAAACAC